AUGAGCAAGGCAUAUGAUAGGGUAGAGUGGGGGUUCCUAGAAGCAGUUAUGUUGAAGCUGGGGUUCAGUGCGAGAUGGGUGGCAUUGAUUAUGUACUGUGUUCGAACUGUGGAGUACAAUGUGUUAGUAGAGGGGGAGGAGGUGGGGCCUAUUAAUCCGGGGAGGGGUUUGCGUCAAGGUGACCCGUUGUCCCCGUAUCUAUUUAUACUGGUGGCGGAAGGGUUGAGCGUUGCGGUUAAACAGCAGGAAUAUGCGAAUACUCUUGAGGCUGGUGUGGUUGCUGCAAUUCUGGGAGAAUAUGCGCUAGCUUCAGGCCAGGAGGUAAAUUUCGAUAAGUCUUCGCUCUCUUUUAGUGCCAAUGUGGGUCGUGAAGAUAGGGAGGCUGUGAGUACACUAUUAGGUGUUUCGGCAGGGGAGAGUGAAUUGUGUCGAGAGGUGGAAAGGAUCCUAAAUGAGUUUUGGUGGAAUGGUCGCGGGCGAGGUGGGAUGCGAUGGAUGAGGUGGGAAAGUUUGUGUACGCCCAAGAAGGUAGGAGGGCUGGGAUUCCGGCGAGUGCGGGAGUUCAACAUAGCGAUGCUUAGUAAACAGGCAUGGCGACUGGUGAAAUUCCCUGACUCCUUGGUGGCACGGGUGUUUAAGGCGAGGUAUUAUCCUAGAAGUCAGUUCAUGGAUGCUAAGCUGGGGUAUAAUCCGUCGUUCAUUUGGAGAAGUGUUUGGCAGACGAGGGCUGUGUUGGAACGUGGGGGCUGUUGGAGGGUAGGGGAUGGUGGUACCAUAAGGGUGUGGGGGGAUGCAUGGAUUCCCAAUAAGUUGAAUAUGAAGGUUGAGACGGAGAUGCCGGAGUAG